GACUGAGACCAUAUUAUUCACUGUGCUCUUCACUUUUCUAUCCGUUUAACCAGAUUUUUGCUUUGUGUUUUUUUUUAAGUGUGGCGCCGGUGUUUGGGCUGCACUUUGUAGAGGGACUUCCUGACAACGAUGUCAGUAUCUACACCUUCUCCUUCAAGGGGAAACGCUACUCCAUCACCACCGUCAUACAGUACAACCACCAACUGAAGCACUUUGUCACCUGGAUUUGUGAUUCUGACGGAUCCUGGUUAGAAUAUGACGACUUGAAACAUCCCGAUUGUAAGACUCACCAAAAGCUCCCGGUCCCGGCUCAGGAGAUGCACGUCGUCUUCUGGGAGGCGGAUAAAGAGUCUCGUGCCUGUUCUCCAUCGAGCACAUUUUCUGAAUGUCCCCCAUCUGAGAAUGAGAAGAACCCCUGUCUAAGUGAAAAUGGCUUUACAGCGGACAAUGUGUUGAACUUCUCCACCGAUCAGUCUCUUCUUAUGUCUCACAACGACACUGACAUAGUCUGUGCACUCUCAGCAUCUGAGGACGGGAGCGACAUCAUUGACACGACGAUCACGGCAGGAGGUGACACGUCUAUCGGUUCCACAACGCUGCUGGGCGCCUUCGAGGGACUUUCCCAUGAUGACAUCAUUACCCUCACCCUGGUGGAAUUAACCGAUCAUUCAGAAAUGCCUCCUUUGAACGAGAACGAACAAACCGAGGAUUCGAGCGCUCCCAGCAGGGAUAAAACACUUGACUCUAUACCCGAUAGCUCUUCUGCUGUAAUACAAAGUGAAGCGUCUCCCAGCCCUGAUUUUGAGCUACCCUCCAUUUCAUCGGAUUCUGCGGACGGCUCGUCGUGUGAUCCUACAUUUGUGCCUUGUGGAAAGAGAGGACGGGGCAGAGGCAGAGCAGCUGGCAGAGGCAGAAAGGUUGGCCGAAAAACAGUUACAAAGGUAGCGGAGCCGAAAGCAGCUCCGCAAACUUCACCAACUACAUCCUCUGAGCCCUCAAAAGAAGUCAUGAGCAAACCUGAGAGAGACGCUGCCUCUCAAAACACACCGCCUGUUGAAACUACUCAACGAGCAGCCCCCAUGUCUGCAACUGAUGCGCCACAGAAAAAUCCCAAUGCCAUCAACCCUCACUGGUCCUACAUGCUCAGCCAACACCCAGUCAACCAAUUUCAAAAGUCAAUUGCUAAAGUUACCCCCUCCAAAACACCCACCUCUGUCCCUCUAAGAAAGCUCACUCCUCCCAUCCACUCAACACCCAACCCUGUGAGGAAACAGCAGCUUCCUGUAGUACCCUUCCCAAAACCUCAGCUCAGGACAGAGGACAGCGAUGGUCUCCCGCUAAAAGCCGCAGAAAUGUACGGUGGAUUUGGUGCGAAGAGCUCCCCAAGUCCGCUCCCAUCUUAUGCGCUUCUCAAAGGAAAAUCAAAGCUGAGUCCACCUGUUACACCCAGCAACCAGAAAUCCCUAUUGAACACGCCGCUGUGUAUGCCUGGAGCAACUCGGCUACCGGAAAUUUCCUCAAAGAAGUCCUCGAAGCUUCCUCCAGGCCUCAGCGAGACAGAAGCCCUCAGGUACAAGCUGAUAAAGAAGCUAAAUGCAAAGAAGAAGAAGCUCGCCAAGCUGAAUGAGAUGUUGGGGCAUCAAGGCGGGGCCAGCCUCCGACCGGACAGCACCAUCCUGGGCUCCCCAAACACCGUCACCUCCAGCACGUACGACAGCUCCAUCUGCGACGACUUCCUCUCGGACCUGCUCUCGCCGGCAACGACCGCCAGCAACCUCUCCCCGGACAGCACGGGCUUCCUGGAGCUGCUCGCCAGUGGCCAGGAGGGGCAGGUGGAGCAGAUACACUGUGGGGUCAACGCUGCUGGAGCGCUGCCUCAGAUGAACAACACAGACAACUUCCUGGAGGAGUUUCUCUCGCAGGCCGUGACUCAAUUGCCGAGUGAGAUGGAGACGGACGCCCUCAGUGACCUGUUCAUUUGACUUCUAUGAAGUUUAUAUGCUUGUACAUGUAUAUGUUGUACACCUUAAAAUACUGUCUGCAAGUUUGGCACUUUGUAGUGUAAAUAUUGUAUAGAAAUGAGUUGUAUGAAGUUGUUAUGUUUACAGCAGAGCUUGUUUGAGUUUUCUGUUUUGUUAAUUAGAAAAUUACUUAAAGUCUCGUUAUGAUUUUUUUUUUUAAAUGUCAUUUAAUAAAUUCUUGAAUGACUUUA